AUGCCUCCAUUCGCCCCACCCUCCAUGGUCCUCCAAAAGAGAGACAAUAUGGGUUUCCAACUCGCCCCCUCCCUCAUCAUCUUCCUCGUCAUCCUCGGAGCUGGUGGCCUUGUAUGCUGCGGCUUUGCCAUUUUCCGAUUCUAUGGCAAAGACCCUGACUCAGAGGUCUCUCAUUACAACCGCUCGCCCGAGCAAGACGCCUACAUGCGCGAAGUCAGAGAGCGCAACUGGUCCAGACUUCCCCAGUUUGGAAUGAUGAAGGGCGUAAACUAUUCACAACAACAACAACAUGCCCAUGCACCCAUGAGUCCAAGCGCCAGCAACACCACUUAUGGAUGA